AUGGAGACUCUACCUGGAGUUGCUCCUCCGGAGCAGCAGAAUACUUAUUUCUACAUUGGACAACAUGAGACGAAGAGGACUGUUCCUGUGACGACUGAGCUGGCGGAACAGGCCCAGGAUGCUGGUUACGAUAUGAUGACUAGACCCAUUACAUCUCCGGGAUUCCAAGCACGCGUUCUGUCAUCGGUAGAUGCAUACUACGAGUCCGUGUCAGCAUCCUCCGACGCAAAUGCUGUUCCUUACCCUCUCAUUGCACCUCUUACACCUGAAGACACCAACUUGGUACCUGACGAUACCAUGCUGUCCACCAUGAUUUGCUGCACGAGCCCCUGGAUUGAUCUUGCCUCUCCAGACCCAGUGAUCGCUCAUGUCUCUCGCCAGGUAUUCAACCAUGAAGUUGCCUAUGCUGCUUUCUGCGGUGUCAACAAUAUCAUGAUCCAGGGACCUAACCUUGAGGCUUCUUCUGUGGUUAGCCAGUAUGCUAGAGCUAUUGGGCAUUCGCUGGAGGUUGGUCCGUAUAUCAACUUGCAGAUUCUGCUUCCUAUGCAGCCGACCGAGCGCAAGGCCGCUCAGGAUGGAUUGAGUCUUGCUGGCCGCGCAAGAGACUCAUUCAAGACUCUUCAGUCCGUCGCAACCGACGCUCUCUGGUCUUGGGAUACUUGGGAUCUGAUCAGAUCGACUUGCAAGUACCAUCCUCGCCUCACUGUCGCUCUCGAAAUUCCUCAAAAGUUGCCUUCUUCGGCAAUUCAAUCGCGCUGGUUCUCCGAGCCUCUGCGUACCUUGAUGAUCCCCGAGUCGACCUUCGUGCACAACGCAAAGGGCUUCCCAGUGCUCAACAAGCCCAUCCAAGCUCUACUCACCCGCUACAUGCGCCUCAAGACCGUCCCCUGGAUCAUUCUCUCCAACGUCGGUCCCAUUCCCGGCCAAGACCACCCAGGCAUGCCCGUCAACCUGCCCUCCAGAUCCAUUUCUCCCGAGCUCCCCACCCCAGCUCAAUCUCAAUCCAAACGCAAGCAACAGCAACAACAAAAGCCUAAGGAUUUGACACCCUACUUGAGUUAUAUGCGCCAUCUACAACGCACACAGCCCCCUCGCCCCAUUAUCGACCGCUUUGCAGCCGGAUACCAGGAUUUCUUGCAAUCGCCUCUGCAGCCCUUGACUGAUAACCUCGAAUCCAUCACAUAUGAGGUCUUUGAGAAGGACCCUAUUAAGUACGAGUGGUACGAACGUGCUGUUGCCGCUGCCCUCAAGGACUUGCACCAGAAACUGCAAAGACCUAUCGUCGUCGCUGUAGUCGGCGCAGGCAGAGGACCUUUGGUAACCCGCUGCCUAAAAGCUUCAGCCAGCACAGGCAUCCCCGUGCAGCAAUGGGCAGUAGAGAAGAACCCCAACGCCUACGUCCUGCUCCAACGCCGCAACGCCACCGACCCCCUCUGGAACAAGCGCGUCACGGUCGUAAAAACCGACAUGCGCGCCUGGAAAGGCCCUCUCCUGUCCGCUGACCCCGCCACACCCGCAAAAGUAGACAUCCUGGUCUCGGAGCUUCUCGGUAGUUUCGCAGACAACGAACUCAGUCCCGAGUGCUUGGAUGGCGUGCAACAUGUUUUGCACCCCGAGCAUGGUAUCAGUGUACCUACUUCCUACACUGCGCACUUUACCCCCAUUGCGCAUCCCAAGAUUUAUGCAGAGUUGCUGGGAAGAGGUGAUGCGGAUAAGGAUAAGUGGGAGUUGCCGUAUGUGACUAUGUUGCAUCAAUACGAUGACCUUUGUAUCUCUGCCGCUACGGGAACCCCUGAUAUACAAACAGCGUGGGAGUUCACUCAUCCUUUGCCCUCGGCCAUUCUCCAGCAAUCUGCUUUGCGCAGAGGUGGCAGUGUACAAGCUGGUGGCAGUGGAAUGGUGGGCGGAGACGGUUGGAACGAACAUAAUGCUCGUUUCUGCCAUUUGCGUUUCACUGCUUCGUCGAGAGGCGUUUGUCACGGUUUGGGAGGAUACUUUGAGACUGUUCUUUAUACGCCUGAGGACAAGAGCAAGAAAGCUAUUGAAUUGAGUAUUAACCCUAACACCAUGGAGGAAAAGAGCAAGGAUAUGAUUUCUUGGUUCCCGAUUUUCUUCCCGCUGAAGACACCUCUUACCAUCCCCACCGCCUCUGAGAUCGAAGUGUCCAUGUGGCGCCAAACCGACGACAGAAAAGUAUGGUACGAAUGGCAGGUCGAAGUGUUUGUUUCGGUCAAUGGAGUGCGUCAACGCGUUGCUACUAGCGAGUUGCAUUCGUCUAUCAAGAAUGGAUGUUUGAUGUAG